UAUCGCCUAAUAUGCCACUUACCAGCCGCUAGGGUAGGAGUCGAAGGAUAGUGUUUUACCGAGGCAAUAGCGGAAAAAAAAAAAGAGCUGAAUGUUGUUGUAAACACAACAUUAACCAGCUAAAUUAUAAACACAUUUGUAAAUAAAACAAUACAUUUAUAAAGUUAGCUUACGAUGUCUACUCCGGCAAGAAGACGAUUGAUGAGAGAUUUUAAGCGGUGAGUUGAACAUUUUACUGAUGUCUGAAGCUAACUAGCUAAAAUAGCUAAGCUAGUCAGCGAAGGUUACCAAGCUAGCUAGCAAACGUUAACUAGCAAGUCACACAGCCGUCUAUUUCCUGACAUUUUGGGGUUUAUCUAGUUUACAUUUCUCAAAUGUUUAAUGUUGCUUUUGAAAAUAGCCCCUGCCGAUAAAGUCGUUAAACCCUAAAACAUAAGCGACUUAUUUCGUCAGCUACGUUAACUAAUUUAGCUUGCCAACCAAGACUUGGCUACAGUAGCUGGCGAAGAAAACAACUCGCUCUCCCAAGACGAGUCACCAUCGCUCACUCUCAAGCGAAACUGGGUUAGAUUAACAAUACGUCAUACAUAAGAUUAGUCAGGUUGGUUUUACGAUAUCCUUGAAUUGUAUCACAUCAUCAAACCGUACUUGACUGCAUAACGUUAACGUGACGGUGUUUAGCUAGCUUCUUCUUCUUUGAGGUUUCUUCUUCUAUGGUAGAUUGGUUGUCACACAAUUUAAUGUGCAUCCUGCCACCUAUUAUGCGGGAUGGAAAUAGGAUUCCCCCCAAAAAGUGAACAAAGUACAAUAAACGACCAGAAAAUAAAUAAAUCAAACAACUAUUCUGGAAAAAAUAAAACAUAUCUGAUCCCUACACAGGCUCAAGGGGAACCUGGGAGGGCGGGUCUUCCGGCACCAGUACCCUAUGCAAGCUUCAGAUCCUUAAGGCACAAACACUUGAAACAUUGCCAAAUCCUUUACAAUUCUUACACUGCAAUGGUUUGGAGACGAAAGCUCUUACGGCAUAUCAUACAUAACCAAGCUUCACAUGCGUUAGUAUUUGCUCUUUAUCAAAAGACAACAGGACCGACAGACUUUCUUAUUUUUCCCCAUUCACCCAGCGGGUCAGACGCUGGGCACAAACCACACCAGGAAUUCUGUUCAGGUAUUCAACCUGAACAUCCGUCGUCACCCCUGAGAUGACUCCUUUGAUGUGUGCUCUACUCCAAAGUUCAAACACAAAACAUCUGUUGUCUGGAUUAUUUUGAGGCCCACUUUAAUCUAACUCUGCUCUUCAGAAAUACAAUGAAUCAAAAUAAGACCACUCCUGGUCACUCUGACAGACUCCACUUUUCCAAGCGCAUACUUCACCAUUUUCGACACCUCAAACAGGUUUCCCACAUAUGCAUCCUUUCUCAAGAAACGCAUCCCAACAAGAAGCGAUUCAUUAUCAUUCACACACGUAUCCUCCAAUCCAAUUUUAGACUAUUUCCUUUUCGUUCCAGUUUUCGAUACUACUGUUAUCCAUUCAGAACAUUCGUCUUCACCGAAUGUUCUCAAUGCGCUGCUCAAUUAUAACUCAGCAUCCACUUCUGCCAUCUUCCCACUUACCGUCCCUUCUUUGAGGUUUAUUGGCAGACCACACUCAUAAGGUGUAUUGCCGCCACCUACUGUACGGGGUAGUACGUUUAGCUAUCUAAGUAACGUUAACACUUAUAUGGGUUUCCGCAUUGGUUGAUAAUAUUGCAAGUAAGAGUGAGUUCAGUAAUGUGUCGAUUUGUAAAAUAACUCAGUUUGAAAAUAGGGUUACCAAGUACAUUAGCUAGGUAGCAAGCAAUUUGACAGGUGGAACUAAAGUUGUUUUUCUCGGACUCCCAUAGGUUACAAGAAGACCCUCCGGCUGGCGUCAGUGGCGCCCCUUCCGAAAACAACAUAAUGGUGUGGAAUGCAGUCAUAUUCGGGUAAGAUUGGCCUUCCUCUGACAACGCCUGGUAAAGAGUACCACAGUAUGAGUCAUAAUACCCAUAAAACCUAGCGGUCAAACAGGGAAAUGGUUCCAAUCGUUUUCCACCAUUCAUUUUUCCCAUUGCGGAUUUUAGAAACACUUAAAAUAAGGGCUGUGUUUCAUGUAGGUUUACCCUGGUGUGAUGUUUUGAUAACCGUAUAAAUCUCUCUAGGACAAGGUGACUUUUCCAAGCGCAUACUCAAACGGGUUUCCCCAUAUGCAUCCUUACUCAACAAGCUCAUCCCAACUAGAAGCGAUUCAUUAUCAUUCACACACGCAUCCUCCAAUCCAAUUUUAGACAAUUUCCUUUUUGUUCCAGUUUUCGAUACUACUGUUGUCCAUUCAGAACAUUCGUCUUCACCAAAUUUGCUCGACGUGCUGCUUGAUUAGAACUCCCGCUCCACUACAGCCCCGUCGAUGUCAAUGGGGUCGUGCUCAGCCCUCUGUUUCCUGUAGUCCAUGAUCAGCUCCUUUGUUUUGCUGACGUUGAGGGAGAGGUUGUUGUCCUGGCACCACACUGCCAGGUCUCUGAUCUCCUCCCUAUAGGCUGUCUCAUCGUAGUCGGUGAUCAGGCCUACCAACGUUGUGUCGUCGCAAACUUAAUGAUGGUGUUGGAGUCGCGGCCACGCAGUCGUGGGUGAACAGGGAGUACAGGAGGGGACUAAGCAAGCACCUCUGAGGGGCACCCUUGUUGAGGGUCAGUGUGGCAGAUGUGUUGUUGCCUACCCGUCAGGAAAUCCAGGAUCCAGUUGCAGGGGAAGGUGUUCAGUCCCAAGGUCCUUAGCUUAGUGAUGAGCUUUGAGGGCACUAUGGUGUUGAACCCUGAGCUGUAGUCAAUGAACAGCAUUCUCACGUAGGUGUUCCUUUUGUCUAGGUGGGAAAGGGCAGUGGGGAGUGCAAUAGAGAUUGCAUCAUCUGUGGAUCUGUUGGGGCGGAAUGCGAAUUGGAGUGGGUCUGGGGUGAUGGUGUUGAUGUGAGCCAUGACCAGCCUUUCAAAGCAUUUCAUGGCUACAUAUGUGAGUGCUACGGGCGAUAGUCAUUUAGACAGGUUACCUUGGCAUUCUUGGGUACAGGGACUAUGGAGGUCUUGAAACAUGUAGGUAUUACAGACUGGGUCAGGAAGAGGUUGAAAAUGUCAGUGAAGACGCUUGCCAGCUGGUCAGCGUAGUUAUUGAUAAUUCUGUGAGAUCCAGGUCAUUUCAAGACAUUUCUAGGCCAAUGAUACCAAAAAUGUGAAGUGAUUCAUCUGCUCAUCGUAAUGUUCCUCCUUCAUCCGUUAACUUAUUUAUUGGGAAAUGACACAUGCAUAUAUUUCAUACAUACAGAGAAAACCUUUAAACGUAUUUAUUUCCCUUUACAGCCCAGAAGGGACACCUUUUGAGGACGGUGAGUACAGCACUGUGCACUCUGCACCCCAUUCUUCGUGUUUGCAUACUCUAUGCAGCUAAGGGUUGUGUGUGACGUAAUUGUUGAUUUAAUAAAUUCCAAAUAAAGUAGACUAGAGCAGUCUAUCAUCAACUUCCAUUUUUAUCUACCGGCGGUAUUGCAGAUAAUGCAACACCUGUAAAUGUGAACAAGUUUUCUAACAUUCUUGGUUAGUAUGAGUGAUAUGAGCCAGAGCCAUGGUUCUAAUUAAUCUUUCCCCCCAUCUUUUAUGUUCCAGGCACAUUUAAGCUCACUGUUGAGUUCACAGAAGAAUACCCUAACAAACCCCCCACAGUACGAUUUGUGUCAAAGAUGUUUCAUCCAAAUGGUAUGUUGUCACAACGACAGUAGCAAAACAUCCUGAUAAUGGUUAGUAUUGCCUGCAAAGGUUAACAGUAUUUUAACCCUUCCGUUUUAUUUACAGUGUAUGCAGAUGGAAGUAUAUGUCUAGACAUUCUGCAGAAUCGAUGGAGUCCAACCUAUGAUGUGUCAUCCAUUCUUACCUCUAUCCAGGUAGGCAAAUAUAUCAUGUUUUCCAUAUUACAUUAUUUUAUAUGCCAUGAAACCUCCCUUCCCUGUCAACAUUUAGUCCUACUGUGACAAAGCAGAGAUUGUAAAACACAACGUCAUGGUGCAUGCCCACUUUUAUGUCUCGCUCUCUGUGCUGUAGAAUGCCUGUCUCGUCUACUAAGUUGGCUCAUUACUCAUCACCUCUCUCCCUUCCCUCCUUCCAGUCUCUGCUAGACGAACCAAACCCCAACAGUCCAGCCAACAGUCAGGCAGCCCAGCUUUACCAGGAAAACAAGAGGGAGUACGAGAAGCGUGUGUCGGCCAUUGUAGAACAGAGCUGGAGGGACAGUUGACCACACCCUCACCCUUCUGGUCUCCUCUAUCCCCAACGCUGAGCUGUGUGUGUUGCGAGUUUGAGGAGUACAUCUUAAUUUAGAUUUUUUUUGUUUCUUCCUCCUUUUAAAAUUUACGUUUUUAUGCACUUUACCUCUCCCUUGUUCAACCAUUUUUUUUUCUGACACGCUUGGAGUGAUGGAGUUUUUCUUUUUUUCUAUUUCUCCCUCCCGUUUUGGCUUAUCAGGGGACUUAUGUGCUGAGUCUUGUUUUUGCCGCCACUGUCUUCAAUUGAGGACAAUUUUUGGACGUCAAUUACCUGCCUCCCUUCCCUAGCUGAAAUAAAUGAGUUGGACUGAUAUGUGUAAUGUUUGGAAGAAAUGAAUCAUGUUAACCUGCUUGUAGGUCCUUUCUUUGGUGUGCUCCCCGUACCCUUUAAUACAUAAGCUAAUUUUACAAAGCAGCAUCUGAGCUAUCAAGCUCAUUAACUUUCUUUGGAAAAUUGCUGCGUGUGUUCAUCCUAAACAACCUGAUUCAGAACCAGACCCACAUGCUUAACCAAUGUCUUUGCUGUGUUGUGAGCUCUGUUACAUGCAUGACAGCGAUAGUGCAUUCUUGUUCUCUGUUCAUUAGGUACUCUAAUGUACAGUGGGGAGAACAAGUAUUUGAUACACUGCCGAUUUUGCAGGUUUUCC